AUGCCUGCACCAACCGCACUCUUGAACAAGCCCGAAGGCGCAGAAGAGGCUGUCUUCAAUAACUCACUUCAGGAACAAAACGAUGACGAAGUUCUGAUCGAUCCAACUCAAAAUGCCCCCGAUUUCACAGUCGAGUCUAUUCAAGAAGAUACAACAGGAGAUGUCAUGCACGUCGAUGAAGAAGGCCGUCCCGUUUUCACACCCGCCAAGGACACGCCUGGUGUCUACCGAGUCGAACAGAGAAAAGUUCCUAUUCCUCCCCAUCGAAUGACGCCAUUGAAGACAUAUUGGCCGAAAAUCUACCCUCCACUCGUCGAACAUUUGAAACUUCAAGUACGGAUGAACGUGAAGAGCCGCACAGUCGAAUUAAGGAAUAGCAAAUUAACUAACGAUCCGUCGGCACUGCAAAGAGGAGCGGACUUUGUCAAAGCCUUUGCGUUAUCCUUCGACGUCGACGACGCUAUUGCUUUGCUACGGUUAGACGAUCUAUAUAUCAACUCUUUUGAAAUCAAGGACGUGAAGACUUUGAGCGGCGACCAUUUGAGCCGAGCAAUUGGCCGAAUAGCUGGUCAUAAUGGAAAAACAAAGUUUGCCAUCGAGAAUGCGACAAGAACUCGAGUAGUAUUGGCUGGUCAGAAAGUCCACAUCUUGGGCACAUUCAAAAAUGCGAAAAUGGCUCAAGAGGCUAUAGUUAGUUUGAUUUUGGGUAGCCCUCCAAGCAAGGUAUAUGGCAACCUGCGUACUAUUGCAUCUCGAAUGAAGGAGAGGUUUUAG